CCCUUGCUGCUCUUUCUUAGUGACCCAUCCCCAGCCCAGGUCUAUCAGAGGCCCUGUGGCUGGGCUCUGCUUCAGGGCUCCUGGCUAGACAAUAGCGACCCCAUCCCCUUUCUCCAGCACUUCUGACAAAGGCUCCUGGUUUCGGGGACUGUGUGGCCCAGACUUCCAAAGCCAGCCAGAUCUACCUCAAUUCAUUUCCCCCAGGAUAUCCUCUCAGACCCAGGGCAGUUUGUUGCUCCACAGCAUGGGGUUAUAGAACCUGAGAGUAAGGGCGGGGUGGGCCUGGGUUAGGGAUCCUGCCUCCACACCUGCAUGGUUCAACAGCCUGAUUACCACAGGAUGGUGUGCAUGAAAUGCAUACUGUUACUUGAGGAAUUGUAGCCCCCAGACUCCUAGGGUAGCCUAUCUCCUUUACUCCUGCCGUUCCAGACUUUGAAUGGUCUCUUUAUAUGACUCUCUUCUUGGGGUCUCCAAACUCUCAAAUCUUCCCUCCAUAUACACACUCAUCCAGGGGCACCAAAGCUCUUCAUAGUUCCUCUGGGUACUGUACAAUUGGAGGCGAGAGGUUGGGUGGUGGGGAGCAAAGGGUAGACACACCUCUGUCCCUUUGGACUGCCCUGUCUAGCAUCUUUUCCUCCUAGCUCAGCCUGCUGGUCUCAGCACCUCCCCCUUGGAGCGCUGACCCACAUGAAUCCAGGCUCAUUAUGCCUGCAGGCUGGUUUUCCCUAACACCCUGAAUUUAGACUUAAGUGGGUUGUCCCCCGCACAGGGAAAGGAAGUUCUAGAAAGAAAAGUUUCCAAAAAAAGAGGUGUUUUGUUGUUGUUAGGAAACUGGGAAAGGGUGAGUCAGCUAGAGUAGGAUGUGGUGAAGAUGAGGGGGUGGGGAUAAAAAUAAGCGUUGUAUGUCUGAGGCUGGAAUUUUGGGAGGUGCUUAUGAGGAUAGAAAUAGCCAGUGGAGAAGAACAGAAAGGGAGAGACGGAUUGAGGGACAUCUGAGGCUGGAAUUUUGGUGCUUACAAGGACAGAAAUAGGGAGUGGGAAGAACAGAAAGGGACAGACGGAUUGAGGAACACGGAGAAGCUGAGCCACCGGGAAAGGGGGACCUAGAGCCCAAGCAGUGUCUGGCCCAAGAGUGGAAUGAAGCAAGCCGAGGUCUGGGAGCACCUCCUUGGGGAUACCAGGGACAAGCCAGGCCCCUGGCUCUCAGGCUCUAGAACCCUGUGCUGUGGAACAACAAACUGCCCUGGGUCUGAGAGAAUAUCCUGGGGCUAGUGACGUUUCAACUGAGGUAGACCUGGGCCACACAGGCCCAGGAACCAAGAGCCCUUGUCAGAAGGCCCCUCCAGCAAAGUCGGAGCCGCGCCAGGCGGAAGUGCUGGAGAAAGGGGGCGGGGCCGCGAGAGCAGCGGAAGCCGGAAGCCGGAAGUCGAGGCCGCAGCUGCGCGUGGCGGUGAUGGCGGCCAGUGGGGCUGUAGAACCCGCGCCUCCGGGGGCCGCCACCGCCCCGUCGUCCGCCCCGGCCUCGUCGCUCGCCCCAGGGCAGUUGUUCCGGCCCAUCAGCGCCGAGGACGACGAGCAGCAGCCCACCGAGAUCGAGUCGCUAUGCAUGAACUGUUACAAUAACGGCAUAACGCGCCUCCUGCUCACCAAGAUCCCCUUCUUCAGAGAAAUAAUCGUGAGCUCCUUUUCCUGUGAACACUGUGGCUGGAACAACACGGAGAUCCAGUCGGCAGGCAGGAUCCAGGACCAGGGAGUGCGUUACACUUUGACUGUCAGGGCCCUGGAGGACAUGAACAGAGAAGUAGUGAAGACUGACUCUGCCACCACAGGGAUCCCUGAGCUGGAUUUUGAAAUUCCUGCCUUCAGCCAGAAGGGAACUCUGACCACUGUUGAAGGAUUGAUUAACCGUGCUAUCUCUGGCCUGGAGCAGGACCAGCCCACACGAAGGGCAAACAAAGAUGCCACAGCUGAAAGAAUUGAUGAGUUCAUUGGCAAACUGAAGGCGCUAAAGCAAGUGGCCUCCCCUUUCACUCUGAUCAUUGAUGAUCCUGCAGGAAACAGCUUUGUGGAAAACCCCCAUGCUCCCCAGAAAGAUGAUGCCCUGGUGAUCACACGCUACAACCGGUCCCUACAGCAGGAUGAGAUGUUGGGGCUCCAAGCAGAAGCACCAGGAGAGAAGCCAGAAGAAGAGGAUCUCAGAAAUGAAGUGCUGCAGUUCAACACAAACUGCCCUGAAUGCAAUGCUCCUGCUCAGACCAACAUGAAGCUAGUACAAAUACCUCACUUUAAGGAGGUUAUCAUCAUGGCUACCAACUGUGAGAACUGUGGGCAUCGGACCAAUGAGGUGAAAUCUGGAGGAGCAGUAGAGCCAUUGGGCACCAGGAUCACCCUCCACAUCACAGAUCCCUCAGAUAUGACCAGAGACCUCCUUAAGUCUGAGACUUGCAGUGUGGAAAUUCCAGAGCUAGAAUUUGAACUGGGAAUGGCUGUCCUUGGGGGCAAGUUCACUACACUGGAGGGGCUGCUGAAAGACGUCCGGGAACUGGUGACCAAGAACCCUUUCACACUGGGUGACAGUUCCAAUCCUGGCCAGACGGAGAAACUGCAGGAGUUUAGCCAGAAGUUGGACCAGAUCAUCGAGGGUAACACGAAGGCCCACUUUAUUAUGGAUGAUCCAGCAGGAAACAGUUACUUGCAGAAUGUGUAUGCACCUGAAGAUGAUCCUGAGAUGAAGGUGGAACAUUAUAAGCGCACCUUUGACCAAAACGAAGAGCUAGGACUCAAUGACAUGAAGACGGAGGGCUAUGAGGCAGGCCUGGCUCCACAGCGGUAGCAGUGGGUGGGCCGUGGGCCGACCUCCAGUGCUGCUCAUACUGCAGGGUUAUUUAUUACUAUUGGAAUAAGGCUGGGAAUAUUCUCCCCACUAGCCCUUGCCCAUGGUGAGGAGGACACCUGGUGUGAGUCAGAGACCUACGCACACUUUCUAAACAUCUUGUGAUGCAAGAGCAAGCCUAUUGUGUUACUUGACCUUAUUUUGGAGGUUUUGAAUCGCUCUGGGAAGAAACCCGGAAAUGCACCAUGGGGCAUGUCAUUAUCACUUUUUUCCUGUCAAGUCUUUACCCUCCCUUCACAUAAUGCUGUGUACUCUAAGAUUGGGAUUCUGAAGUUAGAGAAGGUAGAAUAAAGUUACAGCUGGAGUUUGGGAGUCGGUUUGGGGUAUAUAAAAGGAUAUAUAAAAUAUUGACUUGCAGCAGGAGUCACUAAAGGGGAGAGAGGCCAGCACAAGUGAAGGAGUUAUUAAAGUGAUGGCUUUCAAACAGCA